AUGGAUCCUUUAUCUGAAGAAGUACAAGUUGCAUGGGAGGAUGGGACUGUUGCCAAUGAGCCAACUAAUUCACUACAAUUAGUGGAUAGGACAUUUUAUCCUGGUGAUUUAGUAAUGCAUGCAAAGGAUGGGGCUUUGGGUAUGGUUAUAGAGGUGCAGCAAGUAAUAGAUGUAGCCUUCCCUAUAGAGGCACUGCAGCGGGAGCAGCAGCAGCGUAAGCAGCAGCAGCAGCAGCGUAAGCAGCAGCAGCAGCAGCAGCAGCAACAGCAGCAGCAGCAGCAGCAGCAGCAGCAGCAGGGUCAACCCCCACCCUCUCCCGCACGCCCAUCACCGCCUCCCCAACAACAACAACAACAACAGCAUCAGCAGCAGCAGCAGCAGCAGCAGCAGGAGCAGCAGCAACAGGAGGAGGAGGAGGAGGAAUUAAAUAUACCUGCAUAUAUAAAGGAGGUUGUUAUUGAUAGUAAAAGGGAUUAUAUUACUUCUCUUGGCUCUAAUUAUUAA